GGUUUGGCUACAAAAUCAUGAAUAAAGAAAAUCAUUUUUUUUUUUUAUCUUUUUCCUUCCUAACCUGCCCUAACUUGUCUCGCCGUCGUCGACAUUCAGUUCCCCAACUUCACUUCACUGCCGUUCGUGUUUAGCAUCUCCAUCAUCAAAAUUCAAGUUUUUAGGGCUUCUCUGCACCCUCUAGAUGGGGACUGAAACUGAGUCAAGAGAUACCUCUCUCAUUCUCAUCAAGCAAGGAGCUGAAGCUAGAGUUUUUGAGUCCUCUUUUGUUGGAAGAAGGUCUGUUGUCAAGGAGCGAUUCUCAAAGAAGUACAGGCAUCCAACUUUGGAUUCUAAGUUGACACUCAAGCGCCUAAAUGCGGAGGCAAGGUGCACAACCAAGGCAAGGCGACUUGGGGUUUGUACACCUGUGUUGUAUGCCGUGGAUCCUGUGUCGCACACUUUAACAUUUGAAUUUGUUGACGGACCUUCUGUCAAGGAUGUAUUUCUUGAAUUCGGAUCGUGCGGUGUCAAUGAAGAGCGGCUUGGCAAGAUUGCAUCCCAAAUUGGUGAUGUUAUUGCAAAGUUACACGAUGGUGGUCUUGUUCAUGGUGAUUUAACGACAUCAAACAUGUUACUAAGGAAUGGUACUGAUCAGCUGGUUCUUAUUGACUUUGGUUUGAGCUUCACUUCAACCUUACCCGAAGAUAAAGCAGUUGAUUUGUAUGUCCUGGAAAGAGCCCUCGUUUCAAUGCAUUCUUCAUGCGGUAACAUUAUUGAUCGGAUACUUGCUGCUUACCGCAAGUCAUCGAAGCAGUGGUCAUCCACAAUGAACAAGCUGGCAGAUGUGCGACAAAGAGGACGAAAGAGGACCAUGGUUGGUUGAUUCUUUGAGUUUCAUUUCUUAUUGAGGUAAAAAAGGGGUGACAGGUGACAACAACUGAUGAAUGUUGUCAACAUAACUUAUAUGUAUUUCUUAUAUGAACAUUUCUUGUAGUUUAAAAAACUAAACAUUUAAACAUUGAUUGUAAUAUUCAACUUCCAUGUGUGCCACAAAAACAAACUGUUAUUUUGAUAUUUACAUGUCCAUGGUUCUAAGUA